CGAAUAUCCUCCCCCUGAUGAGGACUGUGGUGGGAGACGAGGCGCUCGACGGCGCCGUGGAUUCAAUCGUUGCGGCGGGCCGGGCAGUAGCUCUAGGGCUCUUGAUCGGCAGGCUGGGCUCCGGCGGGAGGGAUUUUGUGGUGGGAUUGGUGCAGACGCCCGUCAAGGAAGAUGGAGGCGAUGCGGCAGUGCUUCUCUCGUCAUCCGGCAAUCAAUCUCGGUCGCGAUCUGGAGCUGGAUCCAUGGCGCUCUCGAUUGAUGCUGAAUGGGUAGCGGAGCAUGCUAGACAGGUCUCUAGAAUGCUUUUAGGAGGAUUAAGUGUGGUUGGACUGUAUUGCCUUGCUCCAGACAGCGCCUUCAAGCAAUCGACUGCUAUUCUUUGUCAGGUCUCAAAUGCUGUGGACGCUGCCACUUCGAUCUCUGCGCAGGAGCGCUUUGUCUUACAGAUAUCUACAAGCCCAAGAAGGCUGGCUUGUAAAGUAUGCACAGUGGAGCCGAAUGGAAGUUCUUCACUAAAGCCUUGCGAGUGGAAGCUGGCAAAGAUUUCGACAAAUCUGCAGAGCUUGACGUGCACGUAUUCGUUUGAUGCAAGCAUACCAGUUCGUUCCGCAGCUCAAGCUGACACAUUCAAAAACAAAUUGCUUUCAUGGACAGCCUCGGAGAUUAAAGUCAUCCAAUCUGCCGAGGUGCUCAUCAAUAACGCACUCCAAGAAGGAGAGAACUACUCGGGGGAUGUCCAGCUUCUUCUUCCAUUUAACAACAAAGAAGUUGUCCAAGGUGAUAACCCGGCGAUCGUAACGGGAAACGUAAACUUCAAAGGAUCUGUCGAUGCUCGAGCUUACGGAUUUCCUCGCGAGCCUGCGUCUAUGGCAAUUGAUGCUAUCAAGGAAGAUAUAAUCGCCAGCCUACGCAAUAGGAUCGACAUCCUUUGUGAAGAAGCAGAGCAACAAUCGGCCGAGCAAGCGCCUCUAUCACUUCUAUCACAUUGCAGCCAAGACAGAGCGGAGUUUAUUCUUCCCAGGAGAGUUUUACUACCAUGGAAUGAACUUCUGAUUUGCGAUUAUCUGCUACCCAGCGAGACUGACAAGGAAAUUAGAGAGCGAUACACAUACCUCUUUGGGCAGGAACUGCCUGGUGACAUUCUCCAGUCUGAAAAAUUCUUCACUCCCACUCCGGCUGAUUCCAAAACGUUGAAGAUUUCUCCCAAAGGCGAGGCCAAGAGCAAGUUAGUUUCGCUGAUAAGUGCAUUGUUUGGGAUUCUAGUCCCAAUCCUAGUAGCACUGGCUGUAGCCUUGUUCCGGAAAUAAGAAUGGUUUUGAGAGUUGUCUAACUGGUUUUAGUUUUAAAGGCAAGUUUUUUUUCUCGUGCCAAUCUUUUGGCUGACCGAGAA